AGGCUUUAUAAUAUCGAAUAUCAUAUAUAUACAGCUUCACCCUUGACAGGCUUGUCGGACUAGCCUUGCUACCGUCUAUGCUUCGUGAUACGGACCGUAGUUAAACCGACACUGAUCAGUGAGGCCCACAGAUCAAGACCCUAUUCUUAUUACCCCGAUACCCCUAUAUUGAGCCGUUCAGUCGACCUCAAUUCAUACCUAUCUCCAACGCUCCGAACCACGCGCUGGAAACCCUGACAAGAUGCCUCCAACUACGGAUUACUCGAAAAGCUUCGAUCCGACAGACAAGGACGCAAAAACCAUUGAGAAGUGUAUAAUAGCCCGAAUCGAGGACUACACCGACUUGUACGAUGAAGAUCUAUGGAAUACAUUUCGCGAAGACUUCUCAACAUGGACCGAAGGAGCUUUUAGAAUUGCGCCUCUAAAGACUCUUAUUAACCUACGUGACACCCUGCGAACAAAUGGCGUAUACGUAGCGAAAGGACGACAACAUGCAGCUACUACACUAUCUGAGACAAUUGCCGAAUCAGAGCAGCAUGAAUGGACUGAAAGCGAAGUCAUAUACCAUGUACAACGCCGUGGAACGUUCAGCUCACUAAAUAUCGAGCUCACGUAUGGACCUGCGAUUCGAAGGCUCCAAGCUACGACCCCUAAGGCACCUCAACAAGCUGUCCACUCCAAACCACAAGCAAUGACUAUACCAUACGGAAUGACACUACGAUCUCAGCGUAAUGAGGAGAGAGACACAACACCGACCCCAAUCGCACAAUCGGUGCAGCAACAGUACAAUCCAACAACCCCUGCCGCAACUACGUUAUAUGAGCAGGCCGUACCGGCUACGACGCAUAGCCGCCAGACCGUCCAUACAAACUAUACCACGCAAGACACCUCGUACUACGGGGCGAAUAUCAGUCAGCUACGAAAGGCUUAUUCAGAAGAUCUCCGCUACGGCAAUAAUGAGGACACAUUCGACUAUUCGUAUCAAUAUUUCUUAGAAAUGUGCGGUCAUAUGGGAAUCCACACCCAAGAUGCACAAAGAAAGGCGUUUUUCGUGAUGCUUAAAGGAGAAGCCCUUCGGUACUACUUUGACAACAAGGACGAAUGGGUCCGGCGAGGAAUCAACCCUAUAUCUGCUGUGAAAAGCUACUUUGAGACUGAGGAGCACCUUCGAUUCGUACAGAGUCAAUGGGAUGCUACGAAUCUAGCCAGUACUAUGAGUAAGAACCCUGAUAAGCCAAUUCUAGAAUGCCUUGAAAUUAUGCUUCGGGACCUACAAAGACUCUAUAGCAAGAUUCGUCCGGAGCUACGAAACGACGUCUAUUACCAUUCAAAGCUUGUAUCAGCAACCCGUCUCGUCCCUGCGUGCCACGCCGCAACCGGAAAACCUUCACCGAACAUCUCCAGCCUCAUACAGGACCUACGAUCAAGUAUAAGCCAAUGGGAAGACUCAAAACAAGCAGCAGCGCAACAUCCUAUGGAUUCGUACUAUACGGAUCGCCGCUACUACAGCCGACAGUCACGUUCGCCACAUAGAAGAUGUUCACCGUACGGACGAAGCUACUCACGAGGAAGGAGCAAUCUACGCUACCCUAGCCGUUCACCACGUCGCUACCAAAGCGAAGCACCGAAAACCUGCCACGUAUGCCAUAAACCAGACUGCUGGUCAACUAACCAUACGGAAGAGGAACGACAAGCUGCUAGACGCCCAUACGAGGCUGCAAUAGACAAAUUUAUCAUGGAAUUCGAAGGACAGCCUCCAACGCCAGGGAAACGCUUCGAAUCGUACUUGGCUGAGAUCGACGAACCGAGCCAGUACGACCUCCCAGACCGUACGAAAAGCGAGCCAACUAUGGCAACAGGAUACUUCACAGUUGCCACUACGGAUCAUGCCAAAUUCUCACCUUCGCUAGCAAGCGAACUCGCUAAUCGUUCUGCAGCUCACUAUCUCAGCUGCUUGCUAGGCAACAAUCAAGAAUGUACAGCCAAGCUCACCCCUAGCGACGAAGAUGACACCAACGUACGGAUCAUACCAAGCUCUCAUCAUCUUACUGUACCCGAAUAUGCGUUUCUUGCAGAAGAUCGAUAUUCAUCAAACACGUUUAUAGGGCUACUUAUUGAUACCGGCGCUGCAGCAUUCUCAACGGCUGGAUACGCUCAAUAUCUCGCAUUUCGGAAAGUUGCCAAGAAUUGUACGAUGGACACGUCAACUGCCGGAUCUGUAACUAUACGAUUUGGCGCUGGUAACGCGCUACAAUCUCUAGGUUCGAUUGAUAUAGAGACCCCGGUUGGCAACGUACGAUUCCAUAUUAUUGAGGCCAUGACACCGUUCCUAUUCUCUAUCAAAGAUCUCGACCGCCUCAAGGUUUACUACGAUAAUACGAAGGAUCUCCUUAUCCGCAGCGAACCGUACCUGACCGCGCCAAUCGUACGCCGAUUCGGCCAUCCUUUCCUUAUUUGGGACUAUUCACUAGCAAUGUAUAUCUCACAAUCCUUUGACGACGAGCAAUGCUUCCUUACAGAUACGGAACUAUGUCGAUUACACCGCCGCUUUGGACAUCCUUCUGUCGGACGACUACAUAAAACCCUACAACGCGCAGGCUACGAUACGCACCCUGAAGCAAUAGAAGAGAUCAACAAAUUCUGUCACCAUUGCCAAACCCACGGUAGAUCGCCAGGCCGUUUCCGCUUCACCCUACAGGACGACAUUGAAUUCAAUCAUUCAAUCAUUGUAGACAUUAUGUAUAUCAAUGGCAAGCCCGUACUCCAUAUUGUGGACGAAGCAACGCGUUUUAAUGCCGCAUGUUGGCUUACAAGUAUAUCCGCAAAAGCAACAUGGGACGCGCUACGAAUGUUAUGGAUUGAUACGUACCUCGGACCCCCGGAUUUCAUCGUUACCGACGCAGGAAAGAACUUCGUAAGCAAAGAAUUCACACAACUCGCCUCAUCCGUUAGUACGAUGACGGUCAGCGUUCCUGUCGAAGCACAUUGGUCAAUUGGCGCUGUUGAACGUUACCAUGCCGUACUACGUCGCUCGUACGAGAUUAUUUCGGAAGAAGUGCCAGAGCUAGCACCCGAAUUAGCGCUUCAAAUGGCUGUCAAAGCUGUCAACGAUACCGCAGGCCCAGAUGGUUACGUGCCCACACUUCUUGUAUUUGGAGCGUACCCCCGGAUGACGGAAUACAGACCUCCUGCACCUACGGUUGCUCAACGCGCUGCCGCAGUCAAGAAAGCAAUGACCGAAGUACGAAGGCUUCACACCGUACGCCAGAUCAAUGACGCGCUUAACACCCGAAACGGACCGUCGUCUACGCUCAUACACCGUCUUCCCCUCAAUUCGGACGUGCUUGUAUGGCGCGAAGGAGGAACUGGAUACCCUGGCAAAUGGAAAGGACCGUACAAACUUAUAUCAAUCGACGGAGAAACAUGCACGAUUGAUCUCCCAAAUGGCCCUACAAAGUUCAGAUCAACUGUUGUCAAACCGUAUCAUAAAGAUGAUGAUCCGAAGCAAGAAAACACUAAUAAUAAUGAUAAGGCUGAACCAUAUAGCGCACCUACGGCACCAUUAAUAGAACCGUCGAACGUACUCCCACCUCCUCCAAAAGUUGCGAUCCCACCGUACGAACCAAAUCACACCGAACCUCAAUCACAACGCCCACAACGCGAACGCCGCUUACCACCUCGAUAUAAGGAUGAUCUUACCAAACCGCUACGAUUCAAUGGUGCGGUAAUUACAGAAGAUGCCCAGGGUGUUACUCUUACCCAAGAACGCACCUGCAAGAAUAUCCGACUCGUACAAGAUCACCCUUCGGAUACAGUCAACUCCCGUGGCAAGAUUCGUAAGAAUGCAUCUCCGUAUGAGCAGGACGUUGCUCAACGAGCUCUUGCACAAGCCACACAACCGGAUGAAGAGGAUAUAAAAGCGCUCAACAAACGACUCAAAUGGCAGGCUGACAACCCCAACCGCGGACUACGAUUCGUCAAGAUUGAUCUACGGACCGCACAAUUGUACGCAUUCGUUGAUGCUUCGUUCGCCAACAAUAAGGACUCGUCUUCACAAAUUGGCUAUAUUAUCGUACUCGCUGACGCCCAAAAUAACGCGAAUAUCCUCCACUGGUCCUCUACAAAGUGUAAGAGGAUUACCCGAAGCGUACUUGCUUCGGAGAUGUACGGUAUGGCCAAUGGAUUCGAUGCGGCUGCAGCAAUCAAAUCAACUCUCACCCAACUGCUGCAUCUUUUAGAGCCGCUCCCACUAGUCCUUUGCACUGAUUCGAAGAGCCUUUACGAAUGCCUCGUCAAGCUGGGUACGACACGUGAAAAACGCCUUAUGAUCGAUCUCAUGUGCCUCCGUCAAUCGUACGAACGUCAAGAGAUCACGGAAGUGAGAUGGAUCAACGGUAACAGCAAUCCUGCGGACGCCAUGACAAAGAGCAAGCCCUGCCGCGCUCUACAAGAACUUAUUGAUACGAACAAGCUACGUAUCGACGUUGACGGAUGGGUAGAAAGGCCGUUAACGAAGCGCAACUCUGAGUCAAAGAACGUACGAUUUGCAACACCUGUUACUACACCGGCUCCAUAGAUUGUCAUUCCUUACCCCGGUCCGCACCCGUUACUUUUGCUUCAUUCUUUUGAUUUUUCCUUUACCACACCAGAUUGUAUGUCAUUCAUUGAUAUUCCUUCUUUUCCAUUCCUUUAGAGAGUUGCCAGUGUCGGAAUAUCAAUCUCAUGAUUCGGCGCUUCUGCACCCCGGUGCAGAAGCAAGCACGUACGUACGGGAGCGGGAUAACGUUAUCCCUAGCGCCCGUACGGCAACCUCGUAUAUAGCUACCAUGACACCCCGGGGCCCCCUACUUUCUCUGAGUUAGGCUUUAUAAUAUCGAAUAUCAUAUAUAUACAGCUUCACCCUUGACAGGCUUGUCGGACUAGCCUUGCUACCGUCUAUGCUU